AUGGAUCACUCCGAGUUCCGUGUGAAAGCCAAGGAAAUGGUGGACUACAUAGCGGACUACUUGGAGAACAUCCGUGAACGUCGCGUGUACCCAGGAGUGCAACCAGGGUACCUCCAUAAGCUGCUCCCUAGAGAAGCUCCCCAAUUGCCUGAACAAUGGGAUGAUAUUAUCAGGGAUGUGGAAACGCACAUAAUGCCUGGACUGGUCCACUGGCAAAGCCCGCACAUGCAUGCAUAUUUUCCAGCACUGACAUCAUACCCGUCCAUUAUGGGGGAUAUGCUCUCCAGCGCCCUCAACGUUCUUUGUUUUACAUGGGCUUCGUCGCCAGCCGGAACUGAACUAGAAACGAUAGCAAUGAACUGGCUCGGGAAGCUGCUAGGUCUUCCUGAAUGCUUCCUCAAUGAGAAGGACGAUAGCCCAGGAGGUGGAGUCAUACAGACAACAGCCAGUGAAGCAACCCUGGUAAGUCUUCUAGCAGCACGAACUCGUGCCCUUAUGGAGUUGUCCAAACUAAACCCUGAUGUGCAGACUGCGGAACUGCUCGGCCACCUGAUAUGCUACUGUUCGGAUCAAGCACACUCCUCAGUUGAGAAGGCGGGUCUUAUUGGGUUAGUUCGUAUGAGGUACAUCGAGUCCGACGCUCAUCAGAGCAUGCGUGGAGACAAACUGGAGGAAGCCAUCGUCGCUGAUAAGGCGAAGGGCCUUGUUCCGUUUUGGGUGUGUGCAACCCUAGGCACUACAGGAUCAGUGGCGUUUGACAACCUUCGUGAAGUUGGGACAGUAUGCGAGAAGUACGGAGCUUGGCUGCACGUGGAUGCUGCUUAUGCUGGCAGCAGCUUCAUUUGCCCUGAAUACAGGCAAUGGCUUGACGGUGUUGAAUUAGCUGACUCCUUCGCCUUCAACCCUUCCAAAUGGCUCAUGGUGAAUUUUGAUUGUACGGCUAUGUGGGUUAAAGACAGCACUGCACUCCACCGCACCUUCAACGUGAAUCCUAUCUACUUAAGGCAUGAAAAUUCAGGCAAAGCCAUUGAUUACAUGGACGCAGGUGAGGAAGGAAAAUUCAAGAAAAAGCCUCUAAGAACAAUAAAUACCAAAGCUAUUAAAACUCAUGUUAAACGUGACAUUAAUGGUGCAGAAGAUAUUGCACCUUUAAAUAAAAAGCCAAAUCACCAAUAUGGUUUGGAAAAAAAUGCAAAUACUACAUCUAAUGGUGAUUCCCGAUAUGGGGAUACCGAUGCAAAUGAUUAUCUUAAUAGUGAUAGUGAUAAUGAUAUUGACGGUGACAAUCUAAAUCUUCACGGAUACACUAAGAUAUCAAAAGGCUGUGGUCAAGAAAUACAACUUGAGGAUCCCAAUAAAAAGGAAUUACUCCAUUGGCAAAUACCACUGAGUCGUCGCUUCAGAGCGCUAAAGUUAUGGUUCGUUCUGAGAAACUAUGGUGUUGUUGGAUUACAGAAGCAUAUUCGCGAGAGUGUCCGUUUGGCGCAAAAAUUCGAAGCGCUAGUGCUAGCUGACCAAAGAUUUGAAAUACCACAACCGAGAAAUUUAGGAAUGGUUGUCUUUCGCCUUAAAGGUGAUAAUGCUCUCACUGAGCGCCUGCUCAAGCGUCUAAAUGCUCGCGGCUACAUGCACGCUGUACCGGCUUGUUUCAAAGGGGUCUACGUCAUCAGGUUUACUGUGACGUCACAGAGGACUACCAACCAGGAUAUUCUGGAUGACUGGAACGAGAUAAAGACAGUUUCAAAGGAAAUACUGAUGGAUGUAUUUGGUUCCGAAGACGGCAAUAUAGUGGUGCCUAAGAAACCCAGGAUCUCUCUGAGAGAGACUCGGGAACUCAAUGCUACCUUCGGGACAAGUCUUCUCCUUGCGAAUAGCCCAAUGAGUCCUAAAAUUGUCAAUGGCACCCACGCUGCUAUAUGUGAUUAUGAACAGAUUUUGACUUCUUGUGCUCAGACCUUUGCUCAACUCAAAAUGGAACCCAAAGAUAGCCCUGGAGUCAAAUCUGACCUGAUCGAAGCGAGUUUGUGA